AUGUGCGUCAAGGACAAAAUGAUCACAUCGGCAGAUUGCUCAGCAAGCGGUGAUAUUGUGACGUUAGUGAAAACAGGCGAUACUCCGAUUCUGAUCUCGGAUUCGGUGAUCUCAUUAACUGGUCAGCAUAAUGUCAUCGGUAGAGCGAUCGUCAUCCAUGCUGAUAUGGACGAUCUUGGACGAGGAACUUCUGAACUCAGUAAAACGACUGGUAACGCCGGAGCACGUGUCGCCUGUGGAGUCAUCGGUAUCCUCUAA